AUGAAGCCUUCUUUGAGACCUACCCUCAAACCUGGACCUGCUCCUAGGCUUGCUGCCAAGCCUACGUUACGAGCGCCCCAGUAUACCGAGGAGUAUGAUAUCGCAGAGCCACUCAUUGCGUCCAUCCUUUGGGGUCGCUUCAACGAAAAACAACAGGCCUCUAUUCAGCUUGACUCUGUAAAUGGUCAGAUUCAAGCAAAGAAUAUCAGAUAUAAGGUCCCUAAGGCAAAUGGAUGCAUCGAUAUUGCCGCUUUCAAGGCAGCCGCAGAACAGCUAAAUCAAGCUUCAACAGCCUUUGCGGGAAGCAAAGACACCAAAUUGUUUUUCAUUGCCAAGCAAGACCUGGAAGAAUGCAUCAGAAUAGGCAAAUUGCCCAAGUCUUGGAACAUUGAAUGGGAGGUGUUUUUGGAUUUUCAUCGUGAACGAGUUGGUCGUUCGAACGCAGACGGCAGUCAGCAUAAAAGUAUUUCGAUCGCUCAAAGGGAUACAUUUGAGGAAGAGGAAGAGGGAUACAAUGAUGAGGAUGUAGGGGUGGAAUACCACGAAUAUUCCGGUGAUUAUGAGGAGGAAGAGGAGGAGGCCGCUGUCCAGAAUGGUUACUACGAGGACGAGAAUGAUUAUAGUGAUGAAUACGAUGAUGAUGACAAUAGGGUGGAGGAGUAUGGCGGAUAUACUGACGAAGAAAAUGAGGACGGGUACGACGUAUAUAGCGGGGAUGAUAGCGAGGACGAUGACAAGGAUGAUGACUCUCACGAGGAUGAGACCGAUCAAGAGAGUCCAGGUCAUGAUUCUAUCGGCGAAGGCCCAAAAUUUGCCUACCACACAGAGCGUGAGCUAGAGUGUGUCGAUAUUGGUUUGAUCAGACGUCGAGCACAAAAUCAUUAUGGGUUACUUUUGACUUCGGGGUCCAUCUUAGGGUGGCGAAAGACUAAGUCCGGAGGUCUAUUAGCAGUGAUGGGAUAUGAAUGUCGGGGUAAUCGGACUGCCCGUGUGAAGCAGCACAAGGAUACAAAUGGUGCGCAGGAGUCUGUGAUGAAAGACCGCUCGUUAUCAAUUCUUGGGGUUGGUCUGAUAGCUUGGGAAGUGGAUGCAAUGUCCGUCUUUGAACCAAUAAAGUCUCUGUACCCGACUCCGAACGGGACAUAUCCGGCUACAUUUAUUGCAGUGCGCUGGGAGGGUGAUGUCUGGACAUGGGAGUCUCGCGAGGAUUUCCAUUAUUUGAUGGGGGACCUUAGUCAGUUCGAAGUCGACAUCCUGUUAUACUUCAUGGCAAUAUCUCAGGAAGGAGACUACCUCAAGUCCAUGACUGGGAAGAGACCGACAUUCCCAGGUAUCGCAAGCACCUAA